UCACUACCCUGCAUCUCCAGCUCUCCACACGCGCAGAAGCAGCACGAAGACCGACCGGUCGUGCCGGAGACGAUCACGACCGGAGGGAUCCAUCGCCUGACAGAGGGACAGGGGAGCAGCUCACUGCUAGAGUUGCCGUCGUCGUCGUCGACCACCGCUGCGCCGUCCAACAAUGGCCCGGCCGCAGCAGCGGUACCGCGGCGUGCGGCAGCGCCACUGGGGCUCCUGGGUCUCGGAGAUCCGCCACCCUCUCCUGAAGACGCGGAUAUGGCUGGGCACGUUCGAGACGGCCGAGGACGCGGCGCGCGCCUACGACGAGGCGGCGCGGAUCAUGUGCGGGCCGCGCGCGCGCACCAACUUCCCCGCCGACGCCGCGCCCGCGUCGUUCCUCUCCGCGGCGCUCGUCGAGAAGCUGCACCGGUUCAACCGGGCGUCCGUGCAGGCCGCGCAGCGGCAGAGGGAGGCGGCCGCGGCGGCCGCCUCCGCCGCCGCGGCCUCGGCCGCAAUGCCGGUCGGCGGCGACGCCUGGACCGCCUGCGACUCGUCGGGCGCCGAGUGGGGCGGGAGGUUCCUCGAGGAGCAGCACGUGGAGCAGAUGAUCGAGGAGCUGCUGGACUCCAACUUCUCCAUGGAGAUAUGCUAUUGAUUAGUAGCUGGCUAUAGCUGCUUGCUUGUUGCCCCCUGUCCCUGCCGCUGCUUGCUCUCUGUUCUUGCACCAAUGAGCACUGCAGCUGCGCCCUGCUGGCAUGCGUGGGCGUUGCUCUGCAUCCGUGCAUAGUAGUCUGAUAGUACGAGCUUUCCACUGGUAGUGUAUAUUAGUAGCACCAGUGUAUGUUGAGCACUUUAAUUUCAUUCCUGCAAAGCCCCCGGCGAAACUAGCUUAAUACUAUUAUACUAGCAGGACUGAUAGACUGAUGCUGCGUUUGGGGGGGCUCCCACCGGUCCCGGCUUCACCUUCACCUCCGAAUAGCUUGCAUUAUUCGUGUUUCUAUAGACAAACUAUU